AUGGCAGAUGAAUUAAAAAAGCAAGGACUUUUCCUUGAUGAAAGUUACAUUCUGAGGGUUCUCGAGCCGACUGUUGCAAAAGAAACUCAAGAUUUGAAAUAUGAAAACGAAACAUUUCUCGAAAAAUUAACAGAUAUUCGCAAUGUAAUAAGCGAUAUCACAAAUCAUUUAGAGAAUUUCGCAGCAGAAGUUGACAAACGAAAAAUGCUUGCAAUCAACCUGCAAAAUCUUGCAAAUUCAAGUGCAAAACAAAAAGAAGUUGAGCAACAACAAAUCCAAAUGAAAAUCAUUGAAAGAACACUUGAGCUUGAUCGACUAAAGAUAGAAUCGCAGUACCUUCAACGCUGUGAGUCAGAGCUUCAGGAAAUUUUUGACAACUUCAAUCAAAAUCAAUAA